CCCACGAUGAAUGUCCCAGAGCAGGGCUUUCCCCUGGACCUCGGUGCCAGCUUCACAGAAGAUGCGCCCAGACCCCCAGUGCCUGGGGAAGAGGGGGAGCUGGUGUCCACUGACCCACGGCCGGUCAGCCACGCCUUCUGUGCAGGGAAAGGUGCUGGGCCCAAAGGGGAGACGUCUACAGCCACCCCUCGUCGCUCCGACCUGGACCUGGGCUACGAGCCUGAGGGCAGCGCCUCGCCCACCCCCCCGUACCUGAAGUGGGCCGAGUCAUUGCACUCUCUGCUGGAUGACCAGGAUGGGAUACACCUGUUCAAGACUUUCCUGAAACAGGAGGACUGUGUUGACCUGCUGGACUUCUGGUUUGCCUGCAGUGGCUUCCGGAAGCUGGAGCCUUGUGACUCGAAUGAGGAGAAGAGGCUGAAGCUGGCCAAGGCCAUCUAUAGGAAGUACAUCCUAGAUAGCAAUGGGAUCGUGUCCCGGCAGACGAAGCCGGCCACCAAGAGCUUCAUCAAGGACUGCAUCAUGCGGCAGCAGAUUGACCCUGCCACCUUCGACCAGGCCCAGACCGAGGUCCAGUCCACCAUGGAGGGGAACACCUACCCAUCCUUCCUCAAGUCCGACAUUUACCUGGAGUACACACGGACAGGCUCCGAGAGCCCCAAGGUCUGCAGUGACCAGAGCUCAGGGUCGGGGACAGGGAAGGGCGUGUCUGGGUAUCUCCCUACCUUGAAUGAGGAUGAGGAGUGGACAUGCGGCCAGGAUGAGGAGGAUGAGGAUGGCAGGGGCACCGCCCCCUCCAGCAGACUUACCCAGAAGCUGCUCUUGGAGACGGCUGUGCAGCGCACCUCCAUAGGCCGGCGGAGCAGUGAAGGCAGGGAGCUCAGACCUGGAUCUUGGAGGGAGCCAGUCAACCCUUACUACGUCAACUCUGGCUACGCCCUGGCCCCGGCCACCAGCGCCAAUGACAGCGAGCAGCAGAGCCUGUCCAGUGACGCCGACACCCUGUCCCUCACCGACAGCAGUGUGGACGGUGUUCCCCCAUACAGGACCCGUAAGCAGCACCGUCGGGAGGUGCAGGAGAGCGUCCAGGUCAACGGGCGGGUGCCUCUGCCUCACAUCCCUCGCACUUACCGAAUACCAAAGGAGGUCCGUGUGGAGCCACACAAGUUUGCUGCAGAGCUUAUUCACCGCCUGGAGGCUGUGCAGCGCACACGGGAAGCUGAGGAGCGGCUGGAGGAACGGCUGCGGCGUGUGCGCAUGGAGGAGGAGGGUGAAGACAUGGACACGGCCCCUGGAGCCCUGGGCACGAGCCACAAGCUGUCCCCCGCCCAGGCCUGGCACCACUUCACACCCCGGUACGCAGACUCGGGCUGUGCGGGGCCUCGGGACGCACACGAGGAGGACCCCGACAGCAUUUUGGAAGAGCAUGUACAGAGGGUCCUGCGUACGCCUGGCCGCCAGUCCCCUGACAGUGGGCACGCAGCCAGGCUGCCUGCAGCACUGGGCGGAUCAGCUGGGCACAGCAAACAUGCAACCAAGGCGGGCACAAAGCUGGACACAGCUGGCCUGCACCAUCACCGUCAUGUCCACCACCAUGUGCAUCAUGGUGCGGCCAGGCCCAAGGAGCAGAUUGAGGCUGAAGCCGCCCGCCGUGUCCAGAGCGGCUUCCCGUGGAACCCGGAGCUGCACGGCUAUACCACCAAGAGUGCCAGUGUCGCCCCAACCGCCAGCGACAAUCUGGGAUACGGUGGGAAGGCAAGUGUGUCCAAAAGGACAGCCAAGAAGGCGGAGGCCGGCCGGGGUGCAGCCAGCUCAGAGGUGCCGGGCUCCCCUGAGGUGUUGGAGAAGACACAGACCAUCUUACAGUGGAUCAUCGAGGGCGAGAAGGAGAUCAGCAGGCACAGGAAGGCUGGCCACGGGCCUUCCGGGGUUAAGAGGCAGCCGGUCCACGAGAGCACCAGGCCUCUGUCCAUCGAGCGACCCAGCCCAGUGCACCCCUGGGCCAACGCCCAGUUUCGGAACUCUGUCCAGCCCUCCCACCUCUUCAUCCAAGACCCCACUAUGCCUCCCAACCCCGCACCCAACCCCCUGACCCAGCUGGAAGAGGCCCGCAGGCGGCUGGAGGAGGAAGAGAAGCGGACCAGCAAACUGCCAGCCAAGCAGAGGUGGGGCUGGCGGGCAGCAGGGAUGCCCAGCAGCCCACCUGCACUAGGAGCCCAGCCCCCACUGUCUUUCCCCAGGACGAAGUCCCAGAAGAAGGCGGGCGGCAUGAGCGCCCCGCCGUGUGACAGCAUUGUCGUGGCCUAUUACUUCUGUGGGGAGCCCAUUCCCUAUCGGACCCUAGUCAAGGGCCGUGGGGUCACCCUGGGCCAGUUCAAGGAGCUGUUGACCAAGAAGGGCAGCUACAGAUACUACUUCAAGAAAGUGAGUGACGAGUUCGACUGUGGCGUGGUGUUUGAGGAGGUGCGUGAGGACCAGGCCGUCCUGCCAGUCUUCGAGGAGAAGAUCAUCGGCAAGGUGGAAAAGGUGGACUGA